UACACUGCCUAGGAAACCAUCAUACUCCAUUUUCAACGCUUGACGCUGUAAAACUCCGUUUCUGGGAAAGCAAAUGAUUAAUUUUUAAUGGUACCAGAAACCUGCUGCGUGCUUUUUUGACAACCAUCUGCUGCUCUACAAGUUCCUUGCCCCUUUCUGAAGUGGAAGCAAUGAGCUGGUCAUUCCUCCGUGAUGUCCUAAGCGGGGUGAACAAAUACUCAACUGGAAUCGGCAGAAUCUGGUUGGCUAUUGUGUUUAUCUUCCGCCUCCUUGUCUACGUUGUGGCUGCAGAACAAGUCUGGAAGGAUGAACAGAAGGAGUUUGAGUGUAACAUUAGGCAGCCUGGCUGUGAAAAUGUCUGCUUUGACUACUUUUUCCCAGUUUCCCAGGUAAGGCUUUGGGCCUUACAAUUGAUCAUGGUCUCCACCCCAUCCCUUCUUGUCGUUCUCCAUGUUGCCUAUCGAGAAAGCAGGGAAAAGAGACACAGGAAAAAGCUGUAUAAGGACCCAGGAAGCAUGGAUGGAGGGUUGCUAUGCACCUAUCUCAUCAGUCUUCUUUCCAAAACAGGAUUUGAACUCGGCUUCCUCUUUUUGUUUUACAAGCUGUACGGCGGAUUCAACGUGCCCCGCCUUGUGAAAUGUGACAUGAGUCCAUGUCCCAACACAGUCGAUUGCUACAUCUCCAAGCCCACAGAGAAGAAAGUCUUCCUGUACAUUGUGGUGGUGACGUCCUCUUUGUGCAUCAUCUUAAAUGUAAUCGAACUCACCUAUUUGGUUUUCAAGUACUCCAUCAAAUGUUGUUUCAGGGGCUACAUCGAGAGAGUUCAAGAAUCCAAACGUGAAGACAAAAAGUUGAGUUCCGUGAAUCACAAUGGAACCACCUUAUUUCAGGGCAAUGAUGAAGUCACUAUCUUCGGUAUCCAGGGAGAUGGAAGAAACUUGCCCACCAGUCAACAGCAAGAAUAACAGGCACACGUUAAAUAA